AAAUACACAUGUUUUUAAAAUUAUUGGAUGCACAUUCGAAGAUUGUUCCCUUGAGGACAUAUCCCUCGGCUAACACACACUCACUCUCUCUCUUCAUCUAUUCAUUCUCCUCUACAAAUUUGCAUUUCCAUCUUCAGCAUAUGUUAUAAGUAAAGCAGAUGAUAAUAUAGUUUCACACAUAAAUGUGCAUCCAAUUCCGUUCACUGCUCCUCGAACUCUCGAGGCUUCACCAACCUCUAUCAAAAACCCAACAACUGCACGCUUUAAUCACCAAAACCCAUCUCUCACAUGACCCGUUUUACGCGACCAGAAUCAUAAGAUUCUACGCCAUCAACCACGACCUUUUCUCUGCCCGUAACCUGUUCGACGAAACACCCCACCGAAGCGUCUACCUCUGGAACUCCAUAAUCAGAGCAUACGCCACAGACCACAAGUUUACUGAUGCAUUUAGCCUUUUUAAGCAGAUGCUUUGCUCAGAAACAAAGCCUGAUAACUUCACAUUCGCGUGCAUUUUGCGCGGUUGUGCUGAAAAUUCUGAUGUUUUAGGGUUAAGACUUGUUCAUGGAGGAGUUGUAGUUUCGAGUUUAGGAUUGGACCAUAUUGUUAGUAGUGCACUUGUGGCAGGUUAUUCGAAACUAGGCUUUGUUGAUGAAGCAAGACUGGUGUUCAAUUGUAUUGGUGAUCCAGAUUUAGUUUUGUGGAAUUCAAUGGUUUCUGGUUAUGGGUUUUGUGGGUAUUGGGAUAAAGGGUUAGAGUUGUUUAGUUUGAUGCGAAGCGAGGGAAAGAAGCCCGAUGGGUAUACUCUGGUUGGGUUAAUUUCAAGUUUAGUGGAUCCUAGUUUGCUUGAAAUUGGGCAAGGGGUUCAUGGAUUUUGUUUGAAAUUGGGUUUUGAUUCUAUUGCUCAUAUAGGCAGUGUACUUGUUAGUAUGUACUCAAGAUGCAAGUGUUUGGAUUCAGCACUACAAGUUUUUGGAAGUUUAUCAGAGCCGGAUCUUGUUACUUGGUCUGCUUUAAUAACUGGAUUUGGUCAAUCUGGAAACUCUGAAAAGUCGUUAAUGUUCUUCAAGAAAAUGAGCGCGGAAGGUAAAAAGGCUGAUCCCAUAUUGCUCGCUAGUUUGCUAGCUGCUACUGCUCAAUUAGCAAUUGUGGGACCUGGCAGCGAACUACAUUGUUAUGUUCUUCGACAUGGGUUUGAGUCGGAAAUAAUGGUAUCUUCAGCUCUAAUCGACAUGUACUUCAAGUGUGGAUUCUUGCACUUAGGGAUUAAGGUUUUCGAUAGCAUACUUGAAAGGAACACCGUUUCUUAUAAUUCAGUAAUUUCUGGUCUAGGUUUGCAUGGACUUGCUUCUGAGGCCUUUGAAAUUUUCAAGGAGAUGCUAGAAAAGGGAUUUGAACCGAGUGAAUCUACUUUCUCAGCUCUCCUUUGCGCUUGCUGCCAUUCUGGUCUUGCCAAAGAAGGUCGCGAAUAUUUUAGAAGAAUGAAAGAUGAGUUUGGCAUCAGUCCUAGAAUAGAGCAUUAUGUUUACCUCAUAAAGCUUCUCGGGAUGGCUGGAGAGUUGGAAGAGACGUAUAGUUUUAUCCAGUCUUUGCCAGAACCAGUGGAUUCCAGUGUUUGGGGAGCACUCUUAUCAUGCUGUGACGCUCUUGGGAAUUCUGAAUUGGCAGAAGUCAUAGCUCACAAGUUCAUUGAAGAUAAGCCAGAGGAAAGUAGGUACAGAGUUAUGCUUUCUAAUGUAUACGCUGGUGAUGGGAGGUGGGAUGAGGCUAAGAAGUUGAGGGAUGGUAUGAAUGCUGAGAUGAGAAAGAUGGCAGGGAUAAGCUGGAUUUGAUCGGUCAGCUUUUAAGCAGAUGCUUCACUAGGAAACUGUUUUACCAGAUUGCAUCCAUGUGCAUAAUACGGAGGAACUGUUUUAACAGCAGGAAGCUUCUUGAAGAGGGUUUGGUUUUCUCAUGAUGAAUCAGACCAGACAUGCAAUUUGAUCACAAACAGUUGGUGAGAAGCAGCUGCUAUCGUCUAGCGAACCCCCCGGGCUUACGUGUUGCAACUUCGGAUCCUGCGACUUCCUUGUGAAGACAGCAAAAGAGACGAGAAUCAAGCUGAACUCUUUAUGAUUCGCUAGACGAACGGGCAUUUGAAGACAUCAACUGAAUCAGACCAAACCAAGUGACUUCAUCUGCUGAAAACCACCACAAAUCUCACAAUGUCCAUGCAUGCAGGCAUGUGUAUGAAAGAGCUGCUCCGGCAUGCGGCCCGACUGGCGGAGGAAGUUGAUGAUCCAGGAGAGAGAAGACAAAGCUGUGAUCCCAAACGCACCAGACGUCAGGAACCCAGCAACGGCUAACGCGAUGGUGAGGGCGGCAGGGACCAGAACUGGGCUACAGAUAACAAAGAGUGGCGUGGUCAGAGCCAAACCGAUUAGUGUCCCGGUGAGAAUCAGCCCGGAGAGGACGAGGAAGAAGCCCCCGAUGGGGACUCCAGCGACAACUGCCAGAAUUUGUUGCUUGGAAGGACCUUUUUCCUGGAGGAGCCCCCUGGCAUCGCCGCCAGGGCGUUGCUGCUGCUGCGGGUCUUGCUGGCGGUGCUCAGCCAUGGCACGGUGGUGGAAUGGGCUAGACUGGGUUUGUUAAAGUCUUUUUCUUGAGAGAGAGAGAGAGAGAGAGAGAGAGAGAGAGGAGGUGUGGGUGGAAGGGAUGCAGAGUAGUGGUAGUGCAUGUUCAGGGAGCUGUGUAUGUGGAGUUUUAAAGAGGGGAGGGGUGGACACGUGGGAGAGGGGCGACACUUGUUUGAGAAAGGGGUUGUGGAGGCUUGCAUGAGGAACAGGUCUUAAGCUUCAUCUCUUUCAUGUAUAGCUAGAUGGCUUAUUAGUUCGAGGCUAUCUGUUUUCCCUGCACCUCUUUACUUUGUUUUGUUGUGAGCAGCGACCAUGGCUUGGCACGUGAGAAACAAAUUCAGAAAUGCCUAAACCAAUGUAUUUUUGCCUAAAUCAAUAUAAUUUGUUUGUUC